UGACGCAAAUUUGCGCGACAAGUAGAUUGUGCAUGAGGUACCAUGAUGGAGUUUGAUCAAAGUUGUCCAGUUUUAAGAGAGUAUGGGAGUGAGCAGUGUUUGUUGUCCAGACCUGAUGGAUCAUCCACAUUUGUUCAAGGAGACACCAGUAUCUUGGCUGGAAUAUAUGGGCCUGCUGAGGUUAAAGUCAGCAAGGAAAUCUAUGACCGGGCUACCGUGGAGGUUCUGAUCCAACCCAAAAUGGGGCUUCCAAGUGUCCCAGAGCGUGCAAGAGAGCAGUGUGUGCGUGAGACAUGCGAAGCAGCUCUUCUGUUAACACUUCACCCUCGCUCUUCUCUCACACUCAUCCUACAGGUCGUACACGAUGAUGGUUCUCUGUUGUCAUGCUGUCUGAAUGCUGCCUGUAUGGCUCUAAUGGAUGCAGGGCUGCCCAUGACCCACCUUUUCUGUAGUGUGACCUGUGCCAUUAGCAAAGAGGGCCAGAUCAUCACUGAUCCCACAGCUCGACAAGAGAAGGAAAGUAGAGCGUUGUUAACAUUUGCUAUUGACAGCAUUGAGCGCAAUGUUUUGAUGUCAUCAACUACAGGCUCUUUUUCAGUCCAAGAGCUUCAGCAGUGCAUAGCAAUCAGUCAAAAGGCUUCUGAACAAAUCUUCCAGUUUUAUAGGGAUUCUGUUAAACGCCGAUAUUCAAAGGUACAAUAAACACACUUUAGGAUUAUUA